AUUUUUCGAUUCGCACUGAGAUUAUUAGAUGUGUAUAGCGGUUUUACCGGGUUGGCUUUGGCCGGCGCAUCAUGCUUGUUUCGUUUGCACCGUUGUCACGGGACUCGGCUUGCAACGGAACGCAUUGCCAAAGAGAGGAUACAAUUUAGGAGGGGGCGCUCGCUCGGGACCGGGUUAGCGACUGCAGCGCGCCAAGCGGUCGGUGACGGCGGCGGCCCCCAAGCGGCGAGGGAAGGGAUUCAUAGGGGAAACAGACGGCGCUCGCUCUCUCCGUUUUUUUUUACGGAUUUUUUUUUACCCCACCGGUUUCGGAGUUGGUGUGGGGGGUUUCGGUUAGGCCUAGAGGGCCGCGCGUCAUGCCCGACGUCGGCGGCGAGCCACGAUGCGCCGCUCGGUCGUCGUUGUCGCCGCGCCGCUAGCGCUGACGCCGAGCGCCGCGCGGGCGCCGCGCUGCCUCCAUGAAGCGGCAAAACGUGCGCACGCUCUCGCUGAUCGUGUGCACCUUCACGUAUCUGCUCGUCGGCGCGGCCAUCUUCGACGCACUCGAGUCGGACCACGAGGGCAAGCAGCAUGGUGCGCUGACGUACAUCGAGGACAUGCUGGUGCGCAAGUACAACAUCAGCGCCGACGACCGCAAGAUCUGGCAGACGGUGGUCAUCAAGAUGGUGCCCCACAGAGCGGGCACGCAGUGGAAGUUCACCGGGGCCUUCUACUUCGCCACCACGGUGCUCACCACCAUCGGGUACGGCCACUCGACCCCAGCCACGUGGGGCGGCAAGACGUUCUGCAUGUUCUACGCACUGGUCGGCAUCCCUCUGGGCCUCGUCAUGUUCCAGAGCAUCGGUGAGCGGCUCAACACGUUCGUCGGCUACCUGCUCAAGCACGGCAAGCGCUGCCUGCGCAUGCGCAACACGGACGUCUCGGAGACCAACCUCGUGUGCCUGGUUUCUGUGCUGAGCACCGUGGUGAUGACCACGGGCGCGGCCGCCUUCUCGGCGUACGAAGGGUGGGACUACUUCGACUCCUUCUACUACUGCUUCAUCACACUCACCACCAUCGGGUUCGGCGACUACGUGGCGCUCCAGAAAGAGGGCGCGCUCAAGCAGAAGCCCGAGUACGUGGCUUUCAGCCUGGUGUUCAUCCUGUUCGGCCUCUCGGUGGUCUCUGCCGCCAUGAACUUGCUCGUGCUGCGCUUCCUCACCAUGAACACCGAGGACGAGCGGCGAGACGAGGCGGAGGCCCAGUGCGCGGCCCAGGAGGCCGUGCGGCUGGAGGGCGACGUCAUCACGGCCGACGGCAGCGUUGUGUCCGGCCACGGGGGAGGGGACCACUCGGACACGGACGACGUGACGUCGGUGUGCUCGUGCACGUGUUACGCGCACGGGUCGUCCAGGCCGCCCCAGUCGCAGCAGCCUAGGUACUCGCUGCGCUAUUCCCCGUCGCCAGUGGAAUCAUCGCUGGUCCACGACGACGUGUUGCUACCAAUGGACGCACUCAUGAUGAAACGGGCCUCGGUCUGAGUAUAGAUGUCCGGUGGCCCAUCUGCGUGGAAAAGGGUAGUGGACCUUGAGACGGCUCUCGGAACUUUGGUCGCUACACUUCGCCACUGCGAUCGCCACGCGCUCCUUGUUCUUUCUUUUCCUCUCUAUCCUUAUUCUUCCAAGUUUUAUCUCUCUAUCUAUUUACUUCCGAAUCGCUCCCAUUCUUCCGAACGCGCCACUCCGUCAGCGUCGUAAAUCACGUGAUCGAACCAGGAACAGCGCGGCACGCCGGCCUGAUGAAUCGUCCUACGCACUUCGCGUUAACCCCUUUGAUGCUAGCGGCUUUGAACGAAGUGCGGCGUACUAUCGGAAGAUGUAUUAUCGUUGCCGCGCGACCUUUCCCGCUCACCAACGUCGUGUCAUAGAAGCGUAUAAAAGAAAAAAAAAGAAAGAAGGGGGCACGCGUGUUUCGUGAGAAUCAAUCUGUCAAUGAGCGCAUUCGUGUAUUAUUGUGCUAUAUAAAGAGGUGAAAAAAAAAAAAUAAUCGCCCGGUCAGGCAUCUGGUUCUCUCCGCCGUACGUGUGAGCAGCAGCCGUUAACAGCCUACAAAUUUUUAACAAGUAUUCAAUGCGUCCACAGUCACAACCAGCACGCCGGCUUAUACAAUGUUGAGGAAAAGCACAAGGUUGUGCGGUCCUUAAACUAUCUUUAGGAACAAGCUCAUUUAAAAGACUUCUACGGGAGCUCAGUUUUCUAAUAGCUGGAUUACUCCAAAAGUCCGCGUUUGAACAACGAAUCCUAGUUCGAUGAUCCCUGAUUAUCGAAACACUAGACACUCGCUUAGUGGAACAUCUUUCAGUUGUCAUUGGUCAGCAUUAAUCAUGUAGCUCCAAACGUAUUUAACGAAAGAAAAAAGCCGUCUGACCCUAGGCCACGAUGUAUAGUACCGACAAGUAGUAAGGAUAUGUAGCAUUAUGAAACUAACAACUUUUUAGUACGUUUCCAACAGGUUUCAGCAGCUUAUCUAACAAAUCGGCCAACACAUCUCUCUUCCUAAUCUGACGGCAAGGUGUCUGAUUCACUCCGCGUGCGUUUAUCGUUUUAGUCCUUCGCACCUGGAUAGGGGCUUCCCAUCCCAUUAGUCGUCUUGUCGCUGACUGCGCGUGCGUGCUUCGGACGCGUGGGAGCCGUUCCAUCGCCAGUACAAAGGAACAAUGCUCGGUAUUUUACAAAGUGCUACAUAUGAAUAUAUAGUCGCGUGGUGAACGACUCCUCAUCAUCAGGGUAAUACUGUACUAGCGUCGUCCUUCGUGCUCAAGGAAGCAGCAGAGACACGACCCGUGCUCUAGGAACUCUCGUCGUUCAACGCUGCCGUCUCGCCCCUGACGAAUGGUUCGAUGGACGCACAGAGAUGUGUGACGUCAUACGCUUCGUCGAACACCCACAUGGUGCGUGCGUUUUUCUUUUUUUUUUCUUUCUUCCCCCAACUCGUUAGCUACUGUGGUUGAAAGAAGAGGAGGAACACCCGAAAAAAACUGUCCUCGAGAUGCGUGGAUCCUGUGCGUGUGCGUGUCUCCGAGACCUGUACAUAACGUCACAAGCUAGUGACACUGUGUUCGUGAAUAACCUAUACUGUCUGUUCAGAAGACGCGUAGCCAAUGGUCUAUCACGCAGCCGAACUGCUGGUGUGAGGAUGACGCCCGUAGCUGGGAGUUAGAACUGCAUUUCAUGGUUGUGCAUGCUGGUCUAACCGCAAUUACCUCGUGAGUGGGUCUUCCACACUCUGAAACAGUAAUGGACUCGUCAUUGGUCAAUUUAUAAUUACUGUAUAGGCUAUGCAGUAACUAUAUAGUCGAGUGGCAGCAGCACCGCCGCUUCAGACGAGCAUACACCGCCAUUCUCGGAGGCCAUGUCGUACCGCUCAUCGGCGAUCUUUUGCGAUUUUGUCCACUCCUGCAAACACUCCUCUAUAUACACGUAUGCUGAAGAGCGUCACUGCAUAGCCUUCGAGACUAUGAGAGUGUCGGGAUAAUUUCGGUGGCUAUGGUUACCGAGAACUCGUGCGUGAUGCGAUCGGGGGUGGCGCUGGCUGCCGGGGAAAUAGUUCAGAGUCAAGACUCAUUGCUAGGAAUAUGCAGUCGAGGCUGCCAUAGACCUUGCACAGGAUCCCUGCUAUCUGUUAUCUCUGACUGUCUAAGGCUGUCCGAGACGUUUUCGUUAAUCAACGUUGAUUGGUUGAAAAACAGUACCUCGAGCGCUCAAUGCGCAGUCCACAAAGAUAAAUCUAGGAAACCCAUAUAGUGACGUCACUUCGGUAGCAUGACGUGACGUAACUAGAGUAACGCCCUCAAUAGGCCUCACGCUCACACCGGCAACGGCUGUAGUGGUGUAUAGAUUAUUAAAAUUAUGGUUUAAUCUUAGGUAUAACGUGUUCAUGCCCGCAAGAGUGUCGCACUAACCUUCGUUUGUUGGGCUUUCAAACAGAUUAACUUAAGUGUAGUUGUAGAACGAGUGGGUGCAGGGGCGGGACUUAUAUAGGAAGGCCAGGAUCGAUGACGUGACCUCUUGAGGUUGAUUAUUUUUUCACUCUCUCCGUUUUUUGUUCUUGAACGUGAAUAUGUUGAGCUCGUGAGCUUAUGGAUUCAGUCGGUAAGUUAGGUAGUGAACGAUAAACUCUACGAACAUCAUAUCCUACAUUUCUUUCUGAUGACGAAUGAGUCGGCAUGUAUUGAAGCUCGUGAAACGUUGCAGUGACGACGAUAUAAUCUUCGCGCUAACACAUACAGAACUUCAUCGGUGACGAGUUACUGGAGUUUUUAGUAGUUUCUUCACAAAUAUUCCGAGACGGCUAAACGAUUGGAGAACUUUAUGUGUUCUCGUGCCUUUUAUAUUAGCAUUAGGAGUUUCCGAACGGCUCGUCAGUAUAUGUAUGACUUCGUCCGCCACGGCGGCACAGUGGUAUGCGGUGCUCGGCUGCUGACCCGAAGGUAGUGGCGGUUGCAUUGCGAUAUAGUCCAAAUGCUAGAGGCCCGUGUACUGAGCAAUGUAAGUGCAUGAUAAAGAACACCUGGUGGUCAAAAUUUCCAUAGUCCUCCACUACGGCGUGUCUCAUAAUCAUAUCAUGGCUUUGGCCUGCAGAACCUGAGAUAUUAUUAUUAGUCUAUGUAUGACUUCGUAACGUUUUCUUGGUAGAGGAGCUAAAUGAAAGGAAAAAUACUUUUAGUAUAACGCAGCUGCGGAUCUUGUGUUACUGUGUCUGUGAAUUGGAGAUCAUUGGAAGAGGCCUUCGAUUGGAUCAUUGGAAGUGGACAUCAGACAGGCUGAUAAUGAUGAAGUUAACGUUUCACUAAUGAAACUUCACCAACGUGAGCACGACACUGAUGACGCGUUAGAAAACCGCAGGUCGUCAACGUUAUCGGAGCCCUCAGAGCCCGUGCGUUUCGUAUGGAUGUCCAACCCUCACAAACCAUCUCUGACAAGGGACAACAAAAGACAGUUGAAGUCAAUAAGUGUCGUCACUGCAGCGGUUUUUGAGCUGACAGGUUGGUUUGCGGAUAGCUGGACACGUACGUGUCCUGUGCAGAAAGAAGAACCUCGGACCAAACCGCCGAUCAGAUUUUGUUGUAACACCUAGUUCCUUUAUCCAGUAGACGAUGAGACGUCUUCAUUCAAGGACCAACCGAAACAGUAAUCGCCUCCAGGGCACAUUCCCAGAACUCUCUUUCGCUAGCUUCAUAGAGGAUCAUUGUUUAGCUCGGAGAUUUGUAGUGUUGAUUAUGUACUCGUUCGACGUUCGUCACUGGAUGUAUGAGUGUCCUCUUUUCUCUCUUCUUUACGGAACAGUGUUGUGAACCUCGCCUUACGAAACGCUUCAUCCGUUGAAAACCUUUUUUCACAUGUUCUGCUGUACGGGAACACAACACUGGGUGAAAAGGAAAUCGAGCACUCCCAAUUCAUCAUUCGUAGUGAGACUAAAGCUCUUGUAAGCAAGGAAAUUGCCUAAAUAGGAAACUGGAGUGGCGCCACCCACCUUGGACUAUGAUAUCCCUCAUGUCAUUACUGGCUAAUCUGAGAGAGGGAAACACGGUCCGUGGCUGACGCUCGCUUCGAGGAGCGCGUUAUCUAUUCACUUCAGCUGUAUAACCCGUCGCACAAUCUGACAGUCUUGAAGAAGCUCUGCAUCGGAUAUUUUUAAGUUUCUCGCGCUCGUGUCUGCACUGGAGUUGUGCAGGCUUACACACCGAUAUGUUAGGAGUCAUUCAGAUGUCGGAACUGCGACGCCAGUAAUGUGCGACGUUGUGCGGGGGCCAGUUUCACCGACAUAGUGCGUAGGAUGAACAUGACAAGGAUGAACACGACCUAUACGAAUUCAGACUAGACACAACAGAAAC